UUUCUGCACUUCGUCUCUUGGCACUUACCUCAAGCUUCCCGAAUCUAGAUCACUCGCGGCUGAAGUUGGAGGGUAUUGAUGGAAAGCCGACCGGGAGUCUUGGUCGUCGGAUCCUCUGGCGUAGGCAAGCGCACUCUCCUCUCUCGAUUGCUCUCCGUCGAAUUUGAGGAUUCAUCGGAGUCAUCAUCUCAAGCAGAAGUUCAUGGCUGGACGAUCAACACUAAGUAUUACACGGCUGAUGUUUCUGUAUGGAUAUCACAUAUUCGCGAGGACUACUCUCUACCCAAUCUCCCGGAGUCACAUCCAUUGGUGGCCUUAGUUAUGGUCUUCGACUUGAGUGAGCUGUCAACUCUUGUUGCUCUUCAAGACUGGGUUUCUCAUACUGACAUCAACAAUUUUGAUAUAUUGUUGUGCAUUGGUAACAAAGUAGAUCGUGUCCCUCACCACCCAGCUCAUGAUGAAUAUAGACUGCGCCUUUUGAAGGCAACAGACCCCUCUAGAAAUAUGUAUCUGGACACUGAUGAGUUUGGGAUCUCUGAAACGGAAGGAAGCAGUUUGUUGGGAAGUGAAGAUACAUCAUUGGAUAUCAGGGCAACUUGUCUUGAGUGGUGCUGUGAGAAUAACAUCGAGUUCAUUGAGGCUUGUGCCUCUAAUCCUGAUUUUGACAAGUGUUUAUCAGUCGAUGGAGAUUCUCAAGGGGUUGAACGUCUAUUUGGUGCUCUUUCGGCACAUAUGUGGCCUGGGAUGAUUCUGAAAUCGGGGGAUAAGAUAAGUGAACCGGUGUUAGCUCAAGGGGAAGAGUUGUCAGAAGAAGAAUCUGAAUACGAAUUGGAGUAUGAAGUGUUAUCAGCAGGCUCAGGUGAUCCAUGGGAGAAUAUGGACGAAAGAUGGAUUUCUGCCACUGGAACGCAUUCAUUUGUAGAUGUUGGCGGAUCCACUUCACAGGAAGACCUCCAUGUAGAAAACAGUAUGGUGAAAAUGAAUAAAGCUGUGGAUGAAGAGUUGCAGCUGUCACACUCAAGGUUAGAGCCGCAGAAUGACACUGACAGAGCAAUAGUAACAGAUGAAAAACCUUUGGAUACAGAAAAUGAGAAAUGUUAUGAGUUUGAAGACGUGGAACAGUUGAUGUCCGAAAUAGGAAACAUCCGGGACAACUUGCGAUUGAUGCCUGAUUUCCAGAGGAGGGAAAUAGCUGCAAAUUUAGCGAUGAAAAUGGCCUCAAUGUUUGGAGGUAACAGUGAUGACGAGGAAGAACUUGAGUAAGUCCGUUUAUUUUAAGUAUUGUGGAAUGUCAGCGGUUUAAUCAGUUCUUUAUACAAAUUUAUCAAAAAUUGUUUCUUGAGUUGGGUUAGAUUGUGGCAGUAUUAGUCAGUUGUACGAUGUAGCCUGUUAUGUAUCUACUCUUUCUCUACAUAUGUAAGAGCUCUAGCAAACAACCUUAUACAGAAAUCCUAGUUGGUAACA